AUCCCCUGUUCCCCCCUCUGCCACUUUCUCGCAUGAAUCUCCUAGACCCCUUCAUGAAAAUGACAGAAGAACAGGACAAAUGUAUCUCCGACGCCCCCAGCCCCACCAUGUCGGAUGACUCCGCCGGGUCUCCCUGCCCCUCUGGAUCCGGCUCGGACACGGAGAACACCAGACCCCAAGAAAACACCUUCCCCAAGGGUGACCCGGACCUGAAGAAGGAGAGCGACGAGGACAAGUUCCCCGUGUGCAUCCGAGAGGCGGUGAGCCAAGUGCUCAAGGGCUACGACUGGACCCUGGUGCCCAUGCCGGUCCGGGUGAACGGAUCCAGCAAAAACAAGCCCCACGUGAAGAGACCCAUGAACGCCUUCAUGGUGUGGUCGCGGGGCCAGCGGCGGAAGAUGGCCCAGGAGAACCCCAAAAUGCACAACUCGGAGAUCAGCAAGCGCCUGGGGGCCGAGUGGAAAGUCAUGCUGCUGAAUGAGAGCGAGAAGCGUCCCUUUGUGGAGGAGGCCGAGCGGCUGCGGGUGCAACACAAGAAGGACCAUCCUGACUACAAGUAUCAGCCGCGGCGGCGAAAGUCGGUGAAGAACGGGCAGUCGGAGCAGGAGGAGGGCUCCGAGCAAACCCACAUCUCCCCCAACGCCAUCUUCAAGGCGCUGCAGGCGGACUCCCCGCAGUCGUCCUCCAGCAUCAGCGAGGUGCACUCCCCCGGGGAGCACUCGGGGCAAUCGCAGGGCCCCCCCACGCCCCCCACCACCCCCAAGACGGACGCGCAGCCGGGCAAGCAGGACCUAAAGCGGGAGGGCCGCCCUCUGCAAGAAGGCGGGCGGCCGCCACCCCCCGCCGCCGGCCAGAGCAGCAGCCUCUACUCCACCUUCACCUACAUGAACCCCACGCAGCGCCCUAUGUACACCCCCAUUGCAGACACUUCUGGGGUCCCCUCCAUCCCCCAGACCCACAGCCCGCAGCACUGGGAACAGCCCGUCUACCCACAGCUCACCAGACCCUAA